CGGGCCGCCGAGCAGGCGCACAGCCCGCCGCCCCCGACCCCUCGGCGGGAAAAGAUGGCGGCGGCGGCGGUGUGGCUGGUGCGGCGCGGUGUCAGUGGCGGUGUCGCGACUUGCUUCUCUGGCAGCGGGAGGUUUUUCAGCCGUGGGCCAAAUGUGCUGCACCAAGACAGCAAUGCACCACAAGCUGCAUUCUUUUCACCUCUUCAAAAAGUGAUGUUGCCACCAAAUAGCUUUCAAGGGAAAGUGGCCUUUAUAACUGGUGGAGGUACUGGGAUUGGCAAAGGGAUGACAACAACUUUGUCCAGCCUAGGUGCCAAGUGUGUUAUAGCAAGCCGGAAACUUGAUGUUUUGAAAGGAGCAGCAGAAGAAAUUUCUUCUAAAACAGGGAAUAAGGUUCAUGCCAUCCAGUGUGAUGUGAGAGAUCCAGUUUCAGUUAAGAAUGCUGUUGCCGAACUAAUCCAGGUGGCAGGACGCCCUGAUGUUGUGAUAAACAAUGCAGCUGGAAACUUUAUUUCCCCUUCUGAACGACUUUCUGCUAAUGCAUGGAAAACGAUAACUGAUAUAGUGCUUAAUGGUACUGCAUUUGUAACUCUGGAAAUUGGAAAGGAGCUCAUUAAAGCACAAAAAGGAGCAGCAUUUCUGGCUAUUACAACAAUUUAUGCAGAGAGUGGUUCAGGAUUUGUGUUGCCGAGCGCCUCUGCCAAAGCUGGUGUAGAAGCAAUGAGCAAGUCUCUUGCGGCGGAAUGGGGUAAAUAUGGCAUGAGAUUCAAUGUGAUUCAACCAGGUCCAAUAAAAACAAAGGGUGCUUUUAGCCGCUUGGACCCAACAGGCACAUUUGAGAAGAAAGUGAUUGAGAGGAUUCCCUGUGGUCGUCUGGGAACUGUAGAAGAAAUUGCAAAUCUUGCUGCCUAUUUCUGCAGUGACUAUGCAAGCUGGGUUAAUGGAGCAGUUAUUAGACUGGAUGGUGGAGAAUAUGUUUCUAUGGCAGGAGAAUUCAAUGAUUUGAAGAAGGUUACCAAAGAGCAGUGGGAUAUUAUGGAAGCAAUGAUUAGAAAAACAAAAGGCUCUUGAAGUACGUAACUGUGUGGUGGAGAUUUUUGGAAAUGAAACACUACUUUUUCACGAAUACUUGGAAAUAACCAACUGAGAAAUAAUCGUCAUAAUGUUUUGUAUGCAGAUUUCAGUAAAAUAUGUUGAAACUCUAGAUGGGAAGAAUAUACAUGCUGUGUUCAAAAUAUGACAAUCUGAUCUGUUGCCAAUAGUGAACAACAGUUGUUCACUGAAAUUUUAUUUUUCUUCAGAUGAUGUGGCAUAUAGCCAUGCCAUGGUCAACGAGUAGCUUUUCUUUUUUAAUUUUUCAUAUGAUUUUUUUGUUUCUCAGGUAUAUCUCUCUUAAUAUUGUAAUUCCAAUAGCAUUCAGGACUAUCAUAACUGAGUAUAAUUGUUAAUGUGAUGAAAAACUAAGAAAUUAAGUCCUUAUCUGCAUACUUUGGUAAUAAGCCCUAAAUUUGCAAAUAAUGAAGUGUCAAGUUAUCAGCAGGACUACGUACGCUGAGAUAGGAUGUAACUCCUGUGGUUACUUAGAAAAUCUUGAAAUACAUAACUAUCUUGGUCUCA